AGUUCGACACGAAGAUGAUGGAGAGAAAGUCCAAUGUGUAUGGUGGAAUGAGUGAAAGCUCAAACAAUACGACGUCGUCGUCUUCCACGUCCAAAGAAGAAAAAAUUGAGUGGGAAAUGAGACCCGGAGGGAUGCUGGUGCAAAAAAGAAACCAAAACGCUGACGUUUCAGCCCCUGAUAUUCGCUUACGUGUUACUUACGGGGCGAUGCAUUACAAGAUCUCCGUGAACUCUAAAGCGACAUUUGGGGAGGUGAAGAAGCUUCUAACAGCAGAAACAGGGUUACAAGCGGGGGAGCAGACAGUGAUAUUCAAAGGAAAAGAGAGAGAAAACGGUGCGUAUUUGGACAUAUGUGGAGUCAAAGACCGAUCAAAACUCAUACUGAUGGAGGACCCCGCAAGCAUAGAGCGAAGGUUCAUCGAGAUGCGCAGAAACGCCAAGAUCCAAAGGGCAAAUCGCGCCAUCAACCAUGUCUCCUUGGAACUUGAUAAGCUGGCUGAGGAAGUUUCUGCAAUCGAAAAAUCAAUCUCCAAUGGAGUUAAGGUAGCGGAUGUUCAAAUCACAACACUAAUUGAGAUUCUCAUGAGACAAGCAAUCAAGCUAGACAAUAUUGCUGCCGAGGGAGAUGCUUUUGCCCGGAAAACUUUGCAGGGCAAGAGAGUUAAGAAAUGCGUUGAAACCCUUGACGCGUUGAAGAUAUCAAAUGCUAGAGUAAAGCCUGUUAUUGUCACAACCAAAUGGGAGACCUUUGAUCCUUCUCCAGCCAUGGCGCAAUGGGAAAUUUUUUAUUGAUCCAAUACCCCUUCCUUUACUGUCCAUUUUCAUUCUUUUUCCGUCCGGAUAUCUAGCUCAAGAUAGACAUAAGCAAACUAUCUACCUGUACGUACAGCCCUUCUUUGCCAUAUAGGUUGCCAAUAAGCAUUGGUGAGGAUUAUUAUUAGAUAAACGAAGCUUGGUUCAAACCCUGUGUAUUGUUUGUACUUUAGUAAAAUUGCGACCAACUGUUUUUGAUCAAAUAUGAAAAACAUUAGUGUCAAAUAUCAAGGGAGCCCCAGUAUCUGGUUCCCCUGUAUCUCCAAACUUCAUAAUUUACAGCGUCGAUAAGUGUGGUCCCAGCAAGAAGCAUACAAUUUUAAGAUUCAGGAGAUCAGAUGCGGAAGCCCUGGCAAGUUCAACCGGAGCCAAAGCAGUGAGCAAUUCGUGGGUUCUGAACUCCAUUUCUGCGUGCAAAUUACAAAGCCUUGGUUGAAAAAGAUAUAGAUUAUAGAACGUUUCUUUCCUCUUUAAAUGUCUAAACAGUUCUGUAGCUGUACCGUACAUGUGCAAUAUGGCCUCUACAAAUAUUAGGUUUUAUGCAUAGCUUUGGCAGGUAUAAUCAUUGUGGCCUGCAAAUUAAUUUCUUAUUAAAAAGUCUACUAUCUGUUGAGCUACUUUAAGCAACAACAGUACUCUUGUAAUGUGCUAGCAGGUCAAGAAGUGGAAUUAUUUUCUGUGCAUCCUGGAUAAUAAAUUUUCUUA